AAGCGUUUCGACAAACCGGCGACGGAGGCUUCAGUGACAUUUUUGCCUUUAGGCGCGGCAGCAGUGGUGGGCUGAGCGCCAGGGUUGGAUGUGCCGGCGCCGGAGGAGGCUUUGACCAAUCUUCUCCUCUUGGUAGCUUUGGUGCUCUCGGCUUGGUUCUCAGCACCGCCCCGUUUUUUCGCGUCGCCUUCAGUGUUGAAUUUUGGGGAAAAGCGAGCCAUUCUCCUCUCGCGGGCCUUCAGGAGCUCGGCGUUCGUGAAAUUCAUAUCUUCUGUAACAAUAAAAAAUACGAUCAGUGACAACAUAGGAGACGAGAAAGGAAAUGUCAAUAAUAAAAGUGAGCUAUGGGCAACCUAAGUAUUUGGGAGUUCUUGAGAGGUCAGCGCCCUCAAGGACUGUUGUGCAGUCAAGGAUGGGAAGUGGGGCAAGGAGAUUAAGAAAGGCUUUGUCGUUGGCGGACAAAGAUUCCUCUGAAGGAUCGGUGAUCCCAUUGGGCUUCUCCGUCCAGUAAAGAGGAAAAAGGGCGGUCCCGUCUCUAAGGGUGAAUGCCUCUGGGUAGGCGGGAUGAACCGCCACACGGAAGUACUUCCGUGCGAAGGAGGACUUCGCGUUACUUUUGUGGGGAUGCAAGCACUUCCGGCCGGCUCGGGCCUUCAAGGAAAUCCAUCCUUUGUUUUUGAUGGACUUGGGGUCGACGUCGUAGAGGUAGAAGAAACUGGUGGGGGAUGGGGCGAUGCCGACAGCGGCGCUUAAGAUUUCAAAACAUCGAAUGAAGGCCCAGGCGUUAGGGUGGAGUUGGCAGGGAGCCGCGUUGAUGUCGCGGAGGACGGUUUGGACAAAGGGCGAGAAAGGAAGCCUGAUUCCAAGCUCGCUAAACAUGUAUUCAUACGCAAAGAAAAAAUGGGAUCUCUUUACGUCGCCGUCUGGCUUAUGAAGCCAGGGGCGGUCCCCAGGACUGCAAAUCCAGAUCCUGAGUUUCGCGCUAAACUCAUCGUCAUUCGACAAACCACCCAGGGAGUUCACGAACUGCACGAUGAGAUCGCUGUUCUGGAAAAUAGAAGGUUGGUCUAUAGCCUCGUGAGUGGGGGCUAUUUGGACUGGAAGGGGCAGAGUGGCGUAGGUUUUUAGUCGGUAAGGUGGGAUCUCCGGGGCCUCUAAACGGAGGCCGCCGGCGGCGGUGGCAUCAGGGUCGCUUCCGGAGGAAGAAGAGGAGUGGUUAGGGGAGGCAGGGCUUGAAGCCAUUUUUAGAAGACAGUGAAGUGAAAGAAAGGAAAAGAUGAGUAUGUGUGUGAUGCAAAGAUAAGGACAGUGGGACUCACCGGAGUAGGAUGUGAAGAGUGGGUAGCGGAAAGGGUGAUAAGCGACGGCUCCGGAGCGGAAGUGGGCAGAGGGAGUUUGGUAAGCGAUUAGGGAAGUAAAGAGGGGUCUCGGAAAGGGAUGACUGUGGGGAAGAAGGGUUUUUAUAGGAGAAGGGGAGAAGCUGGAAGGGUGACGCGUGUUGGACGCGUGUGGAAGGUUGGAAGUCAUGAUGGUUUUGGGGAGGUGGGUCGCGUGCAAUGGGGAGUUACUGCGCACGAUGGGACGGUUAUGAAAGGUGAAGUGACGGUUCCGGAGAAAGAGGGAAAUUGAUGUAACCGACACAUCACGUGGGGCAGCCACGUGAGGCAGAUAGAGAUUUGAAAGGGUUUUAAAAUAAGGGAAAGCGCGAAAAGCCUCGCCACUAUAAGGAUCAAACACCAUCGCCUGACGGGUGACACCAACAACAAAGUUCAGUCGCUCGCCGGGGUUACCGCCAGUCAAUGAUUGAAUGAUCAGCACAUGACCCAUGCCUGCCACCUUUCCCGCCGGCGAACGAUCAUACACCUGCUCCAACUUAUCGCCAAUACGAAGUAAUCGUUCUCGCCGCUUGUGGACUUGUGGACUUGCCAGCUCGGAUUGCUCGUCAAGUCAGUGGACUGGGUAACCGAAAAUGCUAGUUUCCUUUUGCUCACGCCAUGUUGGCGAUAUAGUUUACUUCUCUUUUCUCAAGCCAUGUUGGCAGUGCAGAUUCCGGUGUACUGUAAGACAUAUGUAAAAGCAUUUAAAAGACACACUUAGCUCUCAUACCUCGAGCUCGGUGUCUUGUGGACUAGUGGACUGGGCGAGCCCCUAGAGGGGCAACGCCCAGCAUGUAUCCCGCCCUGAGGCGGGGCCCUGGCCUUCAGAUGGGCCUUGACCUCGGAGGCCCAAUUGGCCCAAUAGGUAGUACCCAAGCUCUAUAAAUAGGAGGUAGUUAUCAAGUGUAAGGGACUUUUGGCUCAUUUGAUGAAAUAACACUCGAAAUUCAGCACUCUCUCUCACUCUCAUUCUCUCUUAGCACUAUCCCUCUACCUCUAGGUACUAUGCCUCUCUUCAAUGUUCAUUCCCAGAACACAACCAUUAUGGUGUCAUAUUCCAGCUGGAAUGGAAACAAGCUCCACGGUCACCAUUUUCUUCUAAAUGAAAUUUUGAAAGAAAAGUUAGGCUUCAAGGGAUUUGUGAUUUCUGACUGGGAAGGAAUUGAUGAAUUAUGUCAACCUUAUGGCUGUGAUUAUCGCUAUUGCAUCUCCACUGCCAUUAAUGCUGGAAUUGACAUGGUGAUGGUCCCUCUUAGAUAUGAAAAUUUUAUGGAAGAGUUGACAUUUCUAGUUCAAUCAGGGGAAAUACCAAUAGCCAGGAUUGAUGAUGCUGUUGAGCGGAUUUUGCGAGUGAAGUUUGCAGCUGAGCUUUUUGAAUUUCCUUUAACUGACAGAUCUUUAUUAGAUUUAGUUGGUUGCAAGAUACAUAGAGAUCUAGCAUGUGAAGCCGUUCGAAAGUCCUUGGUUCUGCUGAAAAAUGGAAAGGAUCCUAGGAAACCUUUUCUUCCACUGAGCAGGAAUGCUAUGAGAAUUCUUGUUGCUGGAACUCAUGCUAAUGAUAUUGGAUAUCAAUGUGGAGGAUGGACAGGUACCAAGUAUGGGUCUAGUGGCCAGAUCACAACUGGCAUGACUAUCUUGGAUGCUGUUAAGGAAGCUGUGGGAGAUGAAACAGAAGUUGUUUACGAGCAAUCUCCAUCAACAGACACCGUAGGCGUAGAAUAUAAUGAAGUUUCUUAUGCCAUUGUUGUUGUUGGUGAAGAUCCCUAUGCUGAGUGCGGUGGUGACAAUUCAGAGCUUGUUAUCCCACUAAAUGGAGCUGAAAUUAUAAACUUAGUUGCUGAUAAAAUCCCAACACUUGUGAUUCUGAUAUCUGGAAGACCUUUGGUCUUAGAGCAAUAUCUGUUGGAAAAGGUUGAAGCUCUUGUUGCUGCAUGGUUGCCAGGUACUGAAGGACAAGGAAUCACAGAUGUUAUCUUUGGGGAUCAUGACUUCAAGGGUCAAUUACCAAUUACUUGGUUCAGAAGAGUUGAACAGCUUGAUCAACCAGUUGAUGGAGAGAAUAAUAGUAACCCCUUAUUCCCUCUUGGUUAUGGGCUAGCUUAUAAUUAGGAAAAUGUAUGUGACCUGUGUGUGUUUGUUUAUCCCUUAGAUUAGAUGUGAAUGUGUUUUUCCUCAAUCCAACAACUUUGUUUAGUUGGAAAAACUGUCUUGGAAAGCUAAUUAUAUCAGUUGAUCAUUAUGCUAUUAACUAGAAACCAAACACACUGAGCUCAAGGAUUCAAUACAGAAAUUGGUUAGUAUACACUAACAAGUAACAAUAUAAACAGUUUUACACAAACACGUUUAAGGAAUAUGACACAAUAAAGUUGUACGUUGAACCAUUUUGAGUUCUUAGAUUGCUUUUGUUUAUCUCUGCUACUCUGCUAGAGUUUCCUUUGGUAGAACCAGAAAGCUCUACCAAAAGCUUUGCCCUUGACAUCAUUUUUCAGUCCUCCAAUCUAUGCAUGUAUCUAAUUGGUUUCCCUCCUACAAUUUGAAUGUCCAUGACAUUUGCACUCAUGAAUUUGGUCAAUUGAUUA